AUGGGGGCCUUGAAAGAUAUGGAGGUUGGAGGAACCAGUACAGCUCACUCGGAGUUUGUAUCUGCUGAACCUGCUCCGAUGGACGUUCCUCAAGUUACUUGGUGGAAACAUCGAGGUUUGCGGAAGCUUUACCCGAUGAUGCCUAUCUUGUUUCUUGGAUCGACAAUCAACGGAUACGAUGGGUCUCUUUUGAAUGGGCUACAGACCAUGACUCCCUGGCAGGAUUACUUCAACAAUCCAACUGGUUCUACACUUGGGCUUUUCACGGCAAUUCAGAACAUUGGUGGCGUCUGUGCAUUACUUUUCUCUUCCUAUAUCGCCGAUUCCCUUGGACGAAGAGCUGGCGUGACCAUCGGAUUACUGGUCUUGUUCGUUGGGACAAUCAUUCAAGUCGUUCCUUCUGUCAACUCCAACAUGUUUCUGGCAGGUCGAUUUCUUGUUGGCUUAGGAUCCAAUGUGAGCCAGGGGUCUGCUCCUCUACUCAUUACCGAGCUUGCCUACCCUCAGCAUCGUGGAAAGCUGACUACGAUGUACAACACACUUUGGUAUCUCGGGUCAAUCAUCGCUGCUUGGACAGUGUUUGGAACGAUAAAGUAUACCUCUGAGGCAUCAUGGAGAAUUCCAGUGGGUAUGCAGGCAGCCAUGCCACUCAUUCAAGUCAUUGGAAUAUGGUUCCUCCCAGAGAGUCCCCGCUGGCUCUGUGCAAAGGAUCGACCAGAUGAAGCUUUCGAUGUAUUAAUCAAGUAUCAUGGGGCUGGUAACAGAGAUGAUGCUUUCUGUGCAUUCGAGUUCCACGAGAUCCAGCAAACAAUCCUUCUUGAGAAAAUCAACUCAAAUGAUGGAUGGCAGGUUCUGAUACAGACUCCCGGAAAUCGGAAGCGUCUUCUCCUCAUUGCAUUGGUCUCUUUCUUCUCGCAAUGCUCUGGUAAUGGACUGGUCUCAUACUAUCUUCACGAAAUCCUCAAAUCAGUCGGUAUUACAUCUUCUUACGACCAAUCUAUGAUAAACGGGGCUUUACAGAUCUGGUCCUUGCUGGUUGCAGUUGGAUUUUCUGCUUUCCUUGUGGACGUCCUCGGCCGGCGGCCCUUAUUCAUGAUCGCUGGUGUUGGAAUGUUGAUCAGCUUUGCAAUCUGGACAGGAUGCUCUGCGGUCUAUGCCCAGACCGGGAACUCUGGUGCUGGCUCUGCCGUCAUUGCCAUGAUCUUCCUCUUCUAUGGUGUUGCCGGGUUCGCCUGGCCCGGUCUCACUGUCGCCUACCCGGCUGAGAUUCUUCCUUUCAAUAUUCGUGCAAAAGGUAUAGCCAUUGGGAUGACUUUGACUGCUGCGUCUUCUGUGUUCAAUCAAUAUGUCAACCCGAUUGGUCUAGAAGCUUUGCAGUGGCGGUUCUACUUUGUGUAUAUUGCCAUUCUUGUUGUUGAAUGUACCUGUAUCUGGUUUCUCUUUGUGGAAACGAAGGGUCCGACACUCGAGGAGAUUGCUGCAUUAUUCGAUGGUGAGAGUGCUAAUGUGGCAAGCAAUGGUCGAGCUCAACAGGAGAUCAAAAUUGCGAAUGAAGGUCGAGCUACCUAG